AAAUGGCUAAUCAUCAUAUUCCUGUUGAAUUUAAUAAAGAUGAUGAUGAAUUUAAAUGUCAUCCUUCUCAAAGUGGUUCUACAGCUACUCCUACCCUAUUUGAGAAUCAAAAUAAUUCUAAAGUGUUCUGCGUAUAGUUUUUUGAAGAUCAACUACAUUAAGAUGGUAUUAUCAAUUUUUAUUUAUAAAAGAUGAUGAAUUUGAUGAAUUGAACUAGUAAUUAAAUCAAGUUUUACUAAAUGAUUCUUUUAAACCUUCCCUUAUAUAAGCUUUUACUGCUGAUAUGUAUUUUUCAAUUUUUAAAACGAAUAGGUCAUCUUAUCUAAGUCAUGAAAAGUUAACUAAAAAUUCUAGAAAGAUGCAACUAGAAUACUAGAAUGCCAAUUUAAGAGAAAAAGAGUUUGUUUUCAAUACUUAUAUUAAAAAUGAUAUUGAAAAUUUUAGUUUAGAUAAAUACAAACAUUACGUUCUUGAAAAAAUAAUAGAAGUUGGUAAUCUUAUAUUAUAUAUACUUUAAGGUCCACCAUCGCAUAGAAAUCUUAUCUUAGAUAGAAUAUAUAAUUAAAUAAAUAAACUCAUUAAAGAUCUUUAUGCUUGUAAAGUAAUGUAGAAGGGUCUAGAGAUUAUGAUGUGUUAUCCAUAGGAUUCCACAGAAUAAUUAAAUAAUUAUCUUUCAUUUAUACAUUAAGAUAAUAUCUAAAUGAAGAAAAUAUAUGUUGAUAAAAUUGCUAAUCAAAUUAUUUAAAAGAGUUUAGAAAUUUUAGAAGGCCAAAAUCUUUUAAAAUUGUUAUAAAUUCUAUCUAAAAAUGUAUAAUUUUCUUAUAUAUCUAGAUUCUCAAUAAUAAUAAAGAUAAAUUUGAAUUAUCAACUGAUUAAUAUGGAUGUUUAAUUGUCAAUAAAAUCAUUGAUAUCUAUCCAAAAUAAUUUGAUGUUUAAACUAAAUCAAUUUGUAAUAAUAUUAUAGUUAGAACUAUUGAAAACUGUUCUUGUCUCACAAGGAGAUAGUAUGCUAACUAUAUUAUUUAAUAAAUAUUGGAAAAGGGAUAAGAUGUUCAUAAAAGAUUACUUAUGGAUUAAUAUCUCAUUAAAGAUUUUAUCUCAAUGUCUAUGGAUAAGUAUGGUAGUAAUGUUGCAGAAAAAGCAAUUAUUUAUGCAGGACCAUAAUGGAGAUUGAAAUUAUGGGAAGAAGAAGUUUCAAUUUCUGAGAGGUAAAAUAUACAUCAUUUUUUUAAAGCUCAUUUAAGAAAUUGAUUAAUGAUUAAUAUGCCAAUUAUCCAAUUUAAAGACUAUUCGAAUAUUUAGAACAAUAACAAAGAAAUGAAUAUCUUGCUUUGUUAAAUAAAUUACAUGAAAACAAUCAAUUAAAUAAUCAUGGCUAAAUUGUUUUGAAAUAUGCUUAAACCAACUAUUCUGUUAAAAGAUUCACUUAAAAGAUUGUCUAGGCAGAACUAUUAAAACAAAAUAAGAAUCUAGAUAAUAAUAAUAAACAAUUGAAAAAUUAAAAAUAAAAUUGCAAUUAGUAAAUUCCUACAUACUAAAUGCUUUAAUAAUAAUAAUAGUAAUAAUUAUAUCAAUAAUCGAUCCAAUAGAUGUAUUUAUAAUAACAACAACAAUAAUAAUAAUAUAAAUAAUUUGAUCAAUAGUAGUAUCAAGCUGCUGUUAUGCAACAAAUGCUAUUCUUCUAAUAACAAUAAUAACAUUUAUUAGCUUAAAUGCCAUAAUUAUAUAAUUAGGAUGUAAAUUGUAUACCCUAUCCAAUUAUGUCAUAAGAAUAAUAGAUGAUGAUGUUUAGAUGGAUUCAACAGUAGUAACAACUUUGCAAUUCAAAUAUUAAAUUCCAAAAUGGAUAAUAAAAAUGAC